CGCCCACCAGUCGCGUGCCAGAUGCGCUGUACCCAUCGAAGAGGUCAACCCGAAUGAUGCGAGCAGUGAAGUGCGAAGGCGAUCCGAGCCAGCCCCGGGGACAAGCGAAAAUUCAUGUAAGAGGCAUGCAUGAACUUAGUGUGAACUCAAAGCAAUAUUUUGCCAUGGAUAUAUUUCCACCUCUCCUGUAUUACGUAGUGCAAUCGAUCAGUGGAAAACCGCACGAGGGACGCAACGCUACGGUACGUACUACGCAAGCAAGCAAACAGCGCGAACAGCUACACAAUAUAAACACAUACUGCGACAGUGAUAGAUGAGCGCUAAGUUCAAUAGUUCAGAUUGUUCAAAUAAAAGAGAGGAAAGAGGCGGAUAGAGAAAGAGAAAGACAGAAAGAGAGAGAGGUGGGGAUAAAAACAUUGGCAAGCGCACUACGUUCGCUCGGGACCCUGCACAUUUAUCCUCAGCCGACCGAGGUGAUAUAAAUACGAGAGGGAUCUCUGUGGUGAAACAAACUGUAAUAUCACGAUCAUAACAAACGCAUGUGAGAGAAGGAAUGUUGCGUCUUGCUUGCUAGCUCUCUUCGACACUCUCUCACUCGUUCUCGCUCUCUCUCUUUGCGGAACGGGGAAAUCCUCUUCACGUGUAACUCAUACGCUGUAAUACCGGCAACUUCCGCCCGUAUCUCGGCUUGUUCUUCAGCGAAACACUGCUGACUUAUAGAGCUCUUAGCUUGUUGGAUGUCAUUGACUUUUGAGAAAGUUUGGUUAGUGAUCUAAGGAAGAAAUUUAUCCUUUCCAUGGGCUCAUAGCGAAUGAACAUUCACUACAUGCUACAAGUGGAGUUGAAGUAGAUCCCGAGAAAUUUUGUUUACUUUUCUGAGCGAGCCUCCAAGAACAUCAGUAUAUUCGACUUUGUUUCUGAUCAACAAAUCAUAAAAUGGCGUUUAUGUUCUCGGUAUGGACCUUCGCUGUUCCUGUGUGUCUCUUGUACUUGAUCAAGAAGCUUUGGUACUGGUAUAACAUCAGCAAGAGCGACCCAAACUGCUCGGCCCCUCUCCCCGGCGGCUCCAUGGGUUGGCCUAUCAUCGGAGAGACAUUUCACGUGCUUUUCCAGGGGCCAUCUUUCUACGAGAAGAACUUUGCCAAAUUUGGACGAGUCUUCAAAACGCACCUUUUCCUCAACCCGACUGUUCGAGUGCAUGGACCUGACAAUAUCGCCAAAAUCCUUCAAGGGGAGAAUGAUAUUGUGACUUCCACAUGGCCUUCUUCGACCCGUCUUAUCCUGGGUGAGGAUACCCUAGCCAUGGCACAAGCAGAGGAACAUGCAUUUAUGAAGAAAAGGGUGUUUGCAGCUUUCUCCCAUUCGGCUCUCAGCGGUUACGUCUCCAUGAUUCAGAAACCAGUCAGGAUGGCCAUUGAGAAGUGGUGUCAGUCUGAUGAGGUGCUAGCCGCUAAUGUCUUGAGGCAUCUUUCAUUCCGUGUCGCUGCCGAUGUGCUCUGUGGCUUCCACUACACCGAUGAAGACGUGACGGAGCUGUGUCAGAAGUUUGACGAUAUCAUGAAAGGAAUCAUGACCAUCCCCUACGAUGUGCCCUUCUCCCGAUUUAGAAGGGCACUGCAGGCACGUGAUUUCAUCAAGCAGAAGAUCGACGAGAACGUGACGAGGAAGGCUAAUCUGGAUCCAGAGGAAGACACUCAAGAUGCCAUGCGAAUCCUGAUCGAUCUAGCGAAUAAAUCAGAUGACAGUUCUUCCAAGGAGGGCCUGUAUGAAGCUAUUAAGAAUCAGACAAUUGAAUUCCUGACGAGCGGCAUGCUUUCCCUGAGUUCUGCAGCGAGCACCAUGCUGUACCACCUGGCUAAGAAGCCAUCGGUCCUGGCCAAGGUCCGAGAGGAGCUCAACGACUACGGCCUGCUGACCGACUACAGUCCGCUGACCCUCAACAAGAUCAACCAAUGUCGCUAUGUCAUGCAGGUUAUCAAGGAGAGCUUGAGGAUGGUCCCGCCCAUCGGCGCCACCUUCAGGACAGCACUCAAGACCUUCGAGUUAGAUGGCAAGCAGAUUCCCAAGGGUUGGACAGUAUUCUGGAGUAUCCGAGAGACCAUCCACUUAUCAGAUUCCUUCACUGACACCAAAAACUUUGACCCCGACCGAUUCUCACCUCAACGCCAAGAGGACAAAGUAGCCGGUCGCUUCUCCAUGCCAGUCUUUGGCCAUGGCACCCACAGCUGUAUCGGACAGAACUUUGCACUUCUCACGUUGCGCAUCCUGCUUAUCGAGUUGGCACGUACCUGUGACUUUGAAACGCCCAACGUGGACAAGAUCAAAUUCUCGUGGAUACCAUCGCCAAAACCAAAAUGCGGGAUGCCGACGCGGUUCACACGAAAAAUCCUGGUGGACCAAAAUGAGAAUGAAGUCAGUUACUCCUCGAAAUCAUCAACAUGUCCGCAGGGUGAGGACUCAAGGGAACGUUCAGAGGAAGGUGUUCAUCAGAGGAGUACAACGUGUCAUGCUGCAUGAAGACAUCAGAAUCAGACAUUGUCUUCUGAGAGACACAGGUAGCUGGACAUUUACACGCACAAAGGUCUACUGCAGUGUAUUCUUUUGAAAUGAAGAGACGAUCAUGCUCUGUUCCAGUGGAUUGAAUCUAUUGACUCGGCACGCGAUGUUACCGUGAAUCGUAACCUUGCACUGUGGCAUUGCAUUAUGAAUGCAUCUGGACAGCGGUCAUGAUAAAAUUGAAUCAACAAUAGAAUUUAUCCUUGAUUUCAACCAACUGCCAGCAAAGCAUUCUACAUUCAUUGACAUGUAUUUCAAGCAAAAAGCUGUUGUUAUGCUAAAAAUAAAUGCCUUUGGUGUAUGCUAUUCAAAACCUACUCAAUAGUGCAGUGACGUAAAGAUGUUAUUGAAUUUAUAUAUAUAAAAUUAUGUAUACAUCUUAAUCAAUAUAUAUAUAUUUAUAUAUAUUGCCUUCUGAAUGUAUUCCAUUUUCAUGACUCUUUUCACUAGUAGGUUAUCAAUUCUCUUUGUAUUCAUUUCAGGCAGUUUUGUGAAGACAAUGACAUCUUAUUAUUCAUAUUUUAUCAAAUUGUAACACUGUAAAUAUCACGUCUUGUCUUCAAUGUCUUUCCAAAGUGUAUUACUUUUUAUUUGAUAGGCAGAUAUUUUUAUCGAUGAGCAACCAAUCUGUACUUGACAAAAAAACUGUCUGAUACUCUUGACAGCUAGUUUCUCUGGUUUGCAAUUAAUCUACUUAUACAUAGCAUGACAGUAUUUUGUAUCUUUUGGAGAAAUACUUGACUCUUUUUGAGUUUUAAGAUGAGCAGAAAAAGCAGCUUAAGGGAUAUUCAGCAAGAUAGCUAUACAUUUUAUUUAUUGAUCACUUAUUUUUUUCUUAAUUGCUUUUGUGGUUUUGGAGUCAAAUGCAAGAAUAGAAUUUCAUGAAAGUGUUAUCUGCGAGGUGUUUUUUGAGUAAAAAGUGUUGCCCUCAUUUCUUUGUUUCAAAAGUGAAAGACACAACCAGUUUUACCUUUGUGGCAUGGUAUGGCUUAAAAGUAAUACAUACUGGCACCCAGUACUGCUUUACUAUAGGCUGGAUGGUAAGAUGUUAUAGUUACCAAUAAUGACAUAGCAUUGGAAUCUACAGUUUUCUUUGGAUUGAUUUAAAAGGAAGAAUGUGAAUCUGAGUUUGUGUCAGCUGUGAAACAAAAGAUACCAAGGUCUUGUCUUGGGGCUAUGUUAAUGUACUUUAAAACCAUGUGUUUCUAAAUGCUGGUCUUAUUCGAGCUUUAUAAUUCAAAAGCUCGAAAGAAUUGCGUUUACAGUGUAUUUGUUUUUGUCUUAUUCGUAACAGUAAAAUUGAUGUAUUUAUAUAUGUACAGUAUUGCCAAAAGAACAUUUUUUUAUAAAGAAAGUUUGUAUUGUUACAUUUAUGAACGGAUGAUCAAUGUUUUCAGACAAAACGGGUAUUGUUAGUGGCUAUAUUGAUUUUGUAUAGAAGUGAAGAUGGAAAAGGGAAUUGAGAAUAUUCUACUUUCUUUCCAAGUUUAUUUCUAAAAAAAAUUAUUAAAAAAAGUUUUCAGCAUACUUUUCAGUUGCAUAUGUACAAUGUGCACAAAAUACUUUGGAUUCCAACGUGUCAUUGCUAUAAACUCCUGAAAUGCUUGAAGAAGUAUUCAAAAGUAUUUCAUUCAUUCAACAAUUGACAUCAAACAAAAAUACGAUGUAUCAUUCUAUGCUAAAACCAAAACAGGAAUAUGCUGAUAAAAUAUUGAGGAAAAAAAUGGUGACAUUAUCUUAACAAUAAUAAUUGCUGUGUUGAAUAUUUAAUUAGAGGCUUGAAUAUUGUUAAGAUAUACAUCUCACGAUAUGGAUUUUUAAAUUCUGCAGAAUACCUUGGAAUUUCAUCUUUACAUCACAGACAAUUUCAAAGUAUAAAGUCAAUUCACUAAAGCUCCUUAAAUUGGCAGCAUUUUAUGAUACAAAAACAUGGCUCAAAAAUAUUCCUGAACGACAGGAACGUUGCUUCUUCCUCAUGACAUUUUGCAAAAAAUAACCACAAAAACAAUAUUUAGUUCUAAGUACUGAUUUCAAUGGAACUUUUUUCUUAUUUUUGUUUUUUAAUUUGGAUAUCGAAUUAUUGACACUAAGUGCAACUGUGUAUAUAUAUCAGAAAGAUAUGACAAAGGAUACAGGUGACUAGCUAAAUCCUCUUGUGUGUGGGUCAUAGUAAAGGAGACGUUUCCACAGGCUCUGUAGUUCGUUGCAAUGCAUGCAAGACUGGGCAUCGAAGCUCUGGAUAAGCACAGCUUGUCUACAAACGGUGCUGCAUUGUGCCGAAAAAGAUGCUUUGCCACUGAAUGUUAGAGCAGUGGAACCGCUCCUUGUGAAUGACAUUUAAAAGUGACCUUAUUCCAAACAAGGUGUGUAACUUUGAGAUGUCAAUCUUUUGUACCAGAUUUUAUCGAGAAAUUUUUUGAGAUGGAGCCAAGGAUGGAGGAAAAAAAAUUGAUGUAUUUGAAAACUUUGUAUGAUCUUAGCAGUAUUUAACAAGUGUGUAGUGUUGUUUUUAACUGAGGCAUAUUUUUGAUACAGGGAUCAUUUUUCAUGCGCAUGUGUGCUUUUUCCCCUUUACAACCCUUCCCUGGUUUUUAACUUGAUUUAAGGUCUUUAAUUCCUGCUGAAAAAAUCCAACAAUCAAGAAAUCAAUUUUAGUUUUUAGUCAAAAGUAUUCUAACCUACUACGCACAUUUUUUUUGUGCCAAAAUCUUAGAUGUAGAACUGGUUCUUGCUUUGAAAACUGAAUUGUUGUCGUACCUUGAUAUUUUGAUGAGAUUAGACUGUCAAGUGUUGCUAGAUAUGCAUCAUUUCCUUGACAGUGUGUGUGAUGGAAAUGAAAUGCAAGAAAAAGUGCCAAAUAUAUUGAAAAUGAUGUGUUUAUAUCUAUUCCCAAAUGUUCAUUUGUUCUAGGAAAAGUAUAAUUAGAACCCCCACUAAAAAUGCGUGUUCGCAGAUACCCCAUACAUUACAAUAAAAGUAUCAAAGGUUUUUAAGUUGAUCAUGUUAACUAACCCUCCAUAUCGAUUUCGCGUCCCAUACUUAGCUUUGUAAUUGGCUUGAGAGAGAGAGAAAACAAAUUAGACAAUUAUUUGCUGAACACUUUUUAAAUACCAAGUUUCCUAAACGCACUCCUUUAUGACGUAUACAGUGAUAUUUAGAUUAGAGUAAAAAGAUUCAAUCUUUUUGAAGUUUAAAGUACAAUGAUAUAAAAUUGUUUUUGUGAAAUGUUAUUAUAUAUCUAUUCAAAACCUGUUUGUAGUUAUACAAUCAUGUUGACUAUUUGGGAAUGAGCUUUACUCUUAAGAAAAAAGGCGUAACCCUUGAAGUUUUCUACAUCAUGGGCUUAAAUCGCUGUUGGUGAUUUUUUUUCUUCAGAUAGAGGUAUUAUUAUUACUAUAAUUAUUGUAAUUGGUAUUAUCUAAUCAAAUCAUUAUCAUUAUUAUAUAUACUUCUGUAUAUUUUGGACAGUUGUUUUGACAUCCAUGUACCAUAUAUUUCUAUCAUUUUUACUCAGUAAAAAUAUUUAUGCGUAUUAACAGCUGUAAGAGAAA